AUGUCUUUUGGGGAUGAUGAUAUGUUCAUUGAUGAUGUUGACCUCUCAGUAACCUAUUCAUCAGAUGAAAACUCCGAACCGGACGUGAAUCUCGAAAAUCAAUACUACAACGCCAAGUCACGCAAGGAUGAUAAUCCUGAUGCUGCUAUCGAUGAAUUCAAAAAAGUUCUCGAACUUGAGGCAGAGAGUGGAACUAAGGGUGAUUGGGGUUUCCGUGCACUUAAGCAAAUGAUUAAACUUCAGUUCCGUCUUGGUUUAUACAACGACAUGAUGGAAAACUAUCGUAAUCUUCUCACUUAUAUCAAAUCUGCAGUAACUCGUAACACCUCUGAGAAGUCUAUUAAUUCAAUUCUUGACUAUGUGUCUACCUCGAAGCAAAUGAAUAUUCUCCAGAAUUUCUACACUACAACUCUUAAUGCCUUAAAAGAUGCUAAAAAUGAUAGGCUAUGGUUUAAGACGAACUCGAAAUUGGGAAAGUUAUUCCUUGAACAGAGUGACUAUGUACAACUUCAACGGAUCAUUCGUGAACUUCGGGAGUCAUGUUUAACAGAGACUGGUGAAGAAGAUCUCAAAAAGGGUACCCAGUUGUUGGAGAUCUACGCUCUGGAAAUCCAAAUGUAUACCGCUCAAAAGAAUAACAAAAAACUCAAGCAUUUGUAUGACAAAUCCCUUCAAAUUAAAUCAGCCAUUCCUCAUCCUCUGAUUAUGGGAGUUAUAAGGGAAUGUGGAGGGAAAAUGCAUAUGAGAAUGGAGAACUAUCAAAGUGCCCAUUUGGACUUUUUUGAGGCUUUUAAGAACUACGAUGAGUCUGGGUCUCCGAGACGAACUCAGUGUUUGAAAUACCUUGUUCUUGCGAGCAUGCUUGCAAAAACUGGUAUUAAUCCAUUCGAUUCUCCGGAAACGAAACCCUACAAAAAUGACCCACAAAUCCUCGCGGUUACAAAUCUAGUAACUGCUUAUCAACAAAACGACGUGAAGGCAUUUGAACGAAUCCUUCAUGAAGAUCAGGAAUCCAUUAUGGGUGAUGAGUUUAUCCGUGAGCAUAUUGUGAACCUUGUGCGCAACUUCCGAACAGAAAUGUUGACUCGUCUAUUACGACCUUACUCCAGGGUUCGCCUAAGUUUUGUUGCUAAGUCCCUGGAUAUCGGUCUAGGACCUAAAGAAGUUGAAAAUCUCCUAGUUGAAUGCAUUCUAGAUGGGAAUUUGAAGGCUUACAUUGAUCAAGCUGAGCAGGUUCUCAUCCUUUCCCCUCAACCAACCACAGAUGGUAAACCUGAAGUUUCGCGAUAUGAGGCGAUUAAUCAAUUGUCUAAUAAUUUGGCAAAUCUCAUGAAUCUGGUUACCACGCAUUCUGGAAUUAUCUCUUCAUAA